AUGUUGUUUGGUUUUAGCCUUCGUGAUAAGGCUCAAACAUGGUUGAAUGAUGUCAAGGAGACAGAGUGGAGUGCUAUUUCACAGGCGUUUCUUGAAGAAUUCUUUCCACCCAUCAAGACUGCUGAAAUAAGGCACAAGUUUACUACAUUCACGCAAGAACCUGAAGAGUCACUUAGAGAAGCUUGGGAUAGAUUCAAGGCAUUGCAGCGGUCUUGUCCGCAUCACAACAUUGAAAAAUGGUUCUUGGUUCAGAUUUUCUACCAUGGUUUGCAAGAUAAUACGAAGAACACAGUUGAUUCUGCUGCUGGGGGAGUUUUCCUUGACAAAGAAGUGGAUGCAGGUUAUGAUUUUCUUACCAAUCUUGCUGCCAAUCACUAUAGCACCACCAGAACCACAUAUAGGAGGGGCAAGAUGGAAGUUGAUGCUUAUUCUCUAUUGUCCUCACAAGUGGCAUCCUUGAACCUAAAGAUUGAUUCUUUGAAGCUCCUCAGUCUGGAUACCACGCAAAUUGAGCAAGUGAAUGCUUUCAACAGAGGCAACCCAAUGACCCAUAUUCCAACUCCUAUAAUCCAGCAACAAGCUCCUCAGACCAAUGCUACUCCAGAGCCUAACAUGGGUGAUCUGUAUAAGCUCAUUGCAAAUAUGCAGAAGACCGCAGAGAUAGCUCAAAAGAACCAUGAUGAGAGCAUAAAAAAGUUGAAGAAUCAGAAUAGAAUGUUGGAGAAUCAAGUUGCUCAACUUGCUGACACUCUAUCUCAUAGGCAACCGGGUACACUUCUAGGGCAAUCUACUCGGCCCCAGGGUCAGAAGGGAAAAAGUGCCAAUGCUAUCACUCUUAGAAGUGGCACUAAAUAUGAUGGAACCCCGAUGCCCACUGAUGAUGCAACUCUUGCUAAGGAGAACACAAAUGAACCAGAGAAAACAAUUGGCGCAGAGCCUCAAAUCCCGGAAGUUGAUAAUGAUGAUGAUGUUGGCACAAAUAAAGGGAAGGAGAAGAUUUCUGAUUCUCUCCCUAUUGUGCCUAAGUUGCCUUUCCCUCACCGGAUGCAGAAAACUAAGGUCGAUCAACAACUUGGUAAGUUCUUGGUAAUGGUCAAGAAUCUUGAGACAUUUGAUGAAGCUCAAAGCAAGGGAAACAGAGCUGAUGAAAACAGGGGAAUGCAAGAAGAAAACAGGGGAAUGCAAGAAGGAAGCAGGGGAAUGCAUGAAGAGUUGAAGCUAUUGAAGAAGAAACUGAAACAACAGAAACAACAAUUCAAGUUUGCAAUAAAAAUUGGUGUAAUAAUGUUUGCAUUUCUAAUUUGGAUAGCAAUGAAGUAG